AGUGAUUCUCCUGCCUCAGCCUCUUCAGUACUUGGGACUACAGACACCUGCCACUGCAUCUGGAAUCAUUGUUCUAUUUUAAACUUACAUUUUUUAUUCCAUCUAGAAGUUAUUUUGCUGUAAGGACUGAGGAUUAUUUGAGUCGGAGCGGCGGCGGCAGGUCAUGCGGGACGCGGUUGCAGACGCAGGCGGAAGCACCAACUGCGGGGAUAGCCAGGGUGACCACAGCUGCCCCGGUGGCGCGGACACAGCGGCAGCUCCGGCCGGUGGAGCUCCCCCACCUCACGCCUCAGGUCCUGGCAGAGACGCCACGUCUGUGGCCAGGGGGCCAGGAAUGCGGCCACACGUAUUCACCCUCAGCGUGCCUUUCCCGACCCCCUUAGAGGCGGAAAUUGCCCGGGGGUCCCUGGCUCCAGAUGCUGAGCCUCACCAAAGGGUGGUUGGGAAGAAUCUCGCAGUGAGCGGCAGGAUCUUGGCCGUCCGCUGGGAAGCUGAAGACUGUCGCCUGCUCCGAAUUUCCGUUAUCAACUUUCUCGACCAUCUUUCUCUGGUGGUGCAGACCAUGCAGCACUUUGGGCCCCCCAUUUCCCGCUAAGCCUGGUCUGGCAAAAUGGGGCGAGGUCUAACCUUGCGUCUCCUCCUAGGCAGUACAUCCAUUCUUCCCUAGGGCAGGGAAUUCCCAUAGUUGCUACUUUCCUGGAAGGGCCUCAUGGUCGGCCUGUACUGGCCUUAGGAUACUCAGGGGCCCCUUGUUAUAUCUGGUUCUUAAAUGUUUGUUACCACAGAAAAUAAAACUGAGCUACUAUUACAAAAAAAAAAAAAAUUGAUCAGCACAAAGUGGAAAGUAAAUCCUAACUAAAAUGCUGUUUUUUAUGUUUGUAUAAAUUUAAAUUUUUUGGAAUAUUUAGUUUUUAAUUAGGGCCAGAUUUUUAUUUAUUUAUUUAUUUUUUGAGUAGCACCAAUUUGUUCUAGUUCUUCUCUUACCUCUCUGACUAUAUACAAUUUCAGUCUUUAUGAACUCUCCUUCAUUCCUACCCCCACUCGCCACCCCUCAUUUUUUUUAAACUAAACUUUUUAUUUAAGAGUAAUUUUAGAUUUGCAGAAAAGUUGUCAGGGUAAUGCAGAGUUCCCAUUAUCCAGCAUUCCGUCUUCCCUAUUGUGAAAAUUUACAUUAAAAUGGUACAGUUCCCACAA